CUAAUGCCUCAGGCACCAAGCACUAAACCAAUUCUGCAGAAGUGGUGCCAGGAACUUGCCGCACCGCGUAAGAGGCAUAGCCGCGCGCAACGCGAGACUCCAGGAAAAAGGAUAUCGGAGCUCAGUAUCGGAAGUAGCUCAAACACCUUAUCUGCAAAAAGCACACCCAACUCACCAACUACUCUAUUAAAAUUUGUCGCCGCUUUGAGGGCAACUGAUUCGACUCUUUCAAUACCCAUUACGCUUAUUGUGACACCCUUGAGGGCUCCUCCAAAAUGUGAGCGUCUUCACCUACCAUCGCCGGCUACGGGGCUAAUUACUCUUUCUUCUAGGGAGAGCUUCGAUAACAUCUAUCUCGACCUCUCGAAGCAGCAUGGAAAGUGCAAGCUGGCGGAAUCUGGCUUAGGAUGGAAGCCUUCCGGUGGAGGCGAAACGUUCACUCUCGACAGCAGCAAUAUCGGCGCAGCCCAAUGGAGUCGAGCAGCAAAGGGAUAUGAGCUGAAAAUCUUGUCGCGCUCCUCGGGAGUCAUUCAGCUUGAUGGUUUCGACCAGGAGGACUUCGAGCGAUUGAGCAAAGCCUUCAAGAUCUGGUACGGUAUCAACAUGGAAAGCCGGGAGCACGCUCUUCGAGGAUGGAACUGGGGCAAGGCAGAAUUCACCAAAGCAGAACUAUCCUUCAACGUGCAGAACCGACCGGCAUUCGAAAUCCCCUACUCCGAGAUAUCGAACACGAACCUUGCCGGAAAGAAUGAAGUCGCUGUGGAGUUUGCUCUUGGUGGCGAGGGUAACGAGCCCGCCAAACCGGCUGGUAGUACAAAGAACCGUGGUCGCAAGGCCGCUUCGGGUCCGGACGAACUUGUCGAGAUGCGAUUCUACAUCCCAGGAACAGCCGUGAAGACGGAGAAGGGUAUCAAGGAGGAAAACGCAGAAAAUCCGGACGAAGAGAACGGAGCCGAGGAAGAAGAGGGCGAAGAGCAGAAUGCAGCAAACUUGUUCUACGAGAUGCUCAUGGAUAAGGCGGAGAUUGGAGAUGUGGCAGGCGACACAUUCGCUACUUUCUUGGAUGUCCUGCAUCUUACACCCAGAGGUCGGUUCGAUAUCGACAUGUACGAAUCAUCCUUUCGGUUACGCGGUAAAACCUAUGACUACAAGAUUCAAUACGCUUCUAUCAAGAAGUUCUUCCUGCUUCCGAAGAACGAUGACACACAUACAUUGAUCGUUCUGGGUCUUGAUCCCCCGCUACGACAAGGCCAGACUCGCUACCCAUUCUUGGUAAUGCAGCUGAAGUUGGACGAGGAAAUCAGCUUGGAGCUCAACAUGACAGAUGAACUUUUGGAAACUCGAUACAAGGACAAGUUGGAGCCCCGCUACGAGGAGCCCAUCCACCAGGUGGUCACGAAGAUCUUCCGUGGCCUGUCAGGCAAGAAGGUCAUCAUGCCGUCGAAGGACUUUGUCAGCCAUCACGGUCACAGUGGAGUCAAGUGCUCCAUCAAGGCGAACGAGGGUCUCCUUUACUUCUUGGAUAAGAGCUUGAUUUUCGUCCCCAAGCCUGCCACUUACAUCCAGAUUGAGAACAUUGCGAUCAUCACCAUGUCGCGUGUGGGUGGCGCCAUCUCGGCCAGCAGAACAUUUGAUAUCACAGUUAGCUUGAAGGCUGGCCUGGGAGAGCACCAAUUCAGCAACAUCAACCGCGAGGAGCAACAACCCCUCGAGGAAUUCUUUAAGGCGAAGAACAUUCGCUUCAAGAACGAAAUGUCCGACGAUGCCUCGGCCCUUAUCGCGGCAGCUCUUGACAAUGACGAUAUGGGCUCCAGCGACGACGAGGGCGUCCGGGCUGACCGCGGCUCGGCCGAUGAAGACGAAGAAUCCAUUGACGAGGACUUCCAGGCCGAGUCUGAUUCUGACGUCGCGGAAGAAUACGACUCCGCGCACGAGAGCAGCGGCAGUGCCAGUGACGCCGAGAUGGGUGAUGCAUCUGAUGGAGAAGACGAUGACGAGGAUGAGCCCAUGUCAGAGGCGGAGGGAGCGCGGCCGAAGAAGAAGACGAAGGUUGGAAAAUAG